AUGUACAAUAGCCUCAGCAUCUGUGUGCUCCUCGCUGUCCUGUCAGCUAGCUCCUUGGGACAACAGCCAAAAGAGUCCAGCCAUGCCAACCCAGGGGCUUCUGAACUGGAGCAGAGCCUGGCUGCCCAGCACCGGCAUGUCCGUGCUCCUGCCUCCCCCAGUCAACUGAAGCCUCUACAGAGAGCUGAUGGAAAUGGGGAUUCCAGGAGCAACUUCGGGGCUUUGCUGGCCAGGUACAUCCAGCAAGCCAGGAAAGGUUCUUCUGCUCGAAUGCCAGUCAUCAAAAACCUCCAGAGCAUUGACCCCAACCACAGGAUAAACGACAGGGAUUACAUGGGCUGGAUGGAUUUUGGGCGCCGCAGUGCUGAGGAAUAUGAAUAUUCCUCCUGA